AUGUUUUCCAACUUCAUGAGAAUGAUUUUUAUUUCUUUAAUACUUUUCAUGGUAGAAACAGCUGGCAUUAAUAAAUACACGGAUCAUAAAAUAGAAAAUUCAGGAAUUUACUAUGAGUACAUUUCAAAAAUUAAGUUAACCACAGAUACUUUUAAAUUAAUAACCCUCGUUAACACCACAAACUAUGAAAUUAAAUAUAAUGAUUUAAUGGAAAUAAAUAAUAAAACAAUGACAUUUUGUAGAGCUAAAUCCAUAGGAAACGUUUCUGAAAUUUAUCAACAGUUUAGCGGUCUGAUAAACAACACUAUUGCACAACUAAAUAAAAGAUUUAAUACUUAUAAUAAUCUUAAAACACAUAGAAUAUCCAAAAGAGGUUUAGUUAAUGUAAUAGGUUCUUUUCAAAAAUGGGCCUUUGGAAUAUUAAACGAGGACGAUUUAAUCGAAAUUGAUGAAAAGAUAAAAUCUCACUCAGGACAAAAUAAAAAAAAACAUUAG